UUCCCCAGCGCGCCGCCGAAGUGUGGUGAGGGCUCUGCCAAUCGCGGGCGGGCAGAGCGGGGCCAGGGAUGCGCGGGGCUCGGAGCGCAGACAAAAGAAGUUAAAGAGCCGCUUAAUAUAUACAUGUUUUUGAAGGCGGGUAAAGGGAAAAAAAUAACAACAGCGAGCGUAGAUGGGCUUGGCUGUGUCGUUAUGGAGCCCCCUUUGAGCAAGAGGAACCCGACACUGAGAUUAGCGGAUUUGGCAGCGGCUCAGCCCCAUCCUCACCAGAACAUGACAGGCUUCCCGGGGCUGGGGAACCACCACGUCCACCCCCACCACGCGGCCCACCUCCACCCCGGGGACGCGGGCGGCGACCCCGAGGCCCACGUCGGGGCCGCGGCGGCGGCGGCGGCGGCCGGGGCCUUCCUGCGAUACAUGCGACAGCCCAUCAAGCAAGAGCUGAUCUGCAAGUGGAUCGACCGGGAGCCGCCUCCUCCACCUCCGCCGCCGCCACCGGGCGGUAGGAAGCCUUGCUCCAAAACUUUCAGCACGAUGCAGGAGCUGGUGAGCCAUGUCACCGUGGAGCACGUCGGUGGGCCCGAGCAGAGCAGCCACGUGUGCUACUGGGAGGAGUGUCCCCGCGAAGGCAAGCCCUUCAAAGCGAAAUACAAACUCAUCAACCACAUCCGAGUACACACGGGAGAGAAACCCUUCCCUUGUCCCUUCCCCGGCUGCGGGAAGGUCUUCGCUCGCUCCGAAAACCUCAAGAUCCACAAGCGGACUCAUACAGGGGAGAAGCCCUUCAAGUGCGAGUUCGACGGCUGCGAGAGGAAGUUCGCCAACAGCAGCGACCGCAAGAAGCAUUCCCACGUCCACACCUCGGACAAGCCCUACUACUGCAAGAUCCGCGGCUGCGACAAGUCCUACACGCACCCCAGCUCCCUGCGGAAGCACAUGAAGAUCCACUGCAAGUCCCCGCCGCCCUCCCCGCCGCCGGGCUCGCAGGUUAGCUGGCGAAUGCUGCGAGCAGGCAGAGCCCAGCCGAUCUCUGGAAUGGCUCUUAUGUACCUUAGCUGCCAUGCCAGCGCCUCCUCUUUGGCCUGGGUAAAGCCCCAGGACAGCAGCAGCCUCCUGACCGUAAAGCAGCACCCGCCGAAGCUCCGGCCAGUCAAGGACAGCCCCCUGGGGGGUUGGGAGGGGGAGCAGCCCCCUGGGCCUGACAAGUCCCAGAGCAGGGGGCAGGCAUAG